AACCCAGUAGAACGGGUCAAUCGUCUCGGGCGUGAUAUUUGUCAGCAGAUUCUCAAUCGACCAUUUAACAAAAAUCUACAGGACGAAUGCCAAGAUGCUAUGCAUUUUCUUCCGGAUUGUGAUUCGGAGAAUAAUGUGAACGCAUGGUUCCUUUACGACUUCAACGUUACAGGGCCGUUGGAUAAAGGACAAGUCUCAGCAAUUCCGCAUGAGGUCUACCAUGCUACAAGGCAAGGAGAAUCUUGGUAA